AUGGCAUAUGACCGAUAUGUCACCAUCUGCCAACCACUGCACUAUGAGACAAUAAUGAACAGCAGAGCUUGUGUGCAAAUGGUAGCUGGUGCCUGGAUCAGUGGGAUUCUCUACUCUGUACUACAUACCAGGAACACGUUUGCAUUGACCUUCUGUGGAGGCAACAUGGUGGAUCAGUUCUUCUGUGAGAUCCCCCAGCUACUCAAGCUUGCCUGCUCUGACUCAUAUUUCAGUGAAGUUGGGGUUCUUGCAUUUAGUGUGUGUUUAGUCUUAGGCUGUUUUGUUUUUAUCAUUGUGUCAUACGUUCAGAUCUUCAAAUCAGUGCUCAGAAUCCCUUCUGAGCAGGGCUGGCAUAAAGCCUUCUCCACCUGCCUUCCUCACCUCACUGUAGUCUCCUUGCUUGUUUUUACUGGGGCCUUUGCCUACCUGAAACCCACCUCCAGCUCCAUAUCUGCUCUGGAUAUUGUGGUUGCUGUUCUCUAUUCUAUAUUGCCACCAAUCAUGAAUCCAGUUAUCUACAGCAUGAGGAACAAGGAGAUGAAAGCUGCUCUGAAGAGACUGACUGGGUGUAGCUAG